UAUUAGUGCCAGGUCUCAGCCAAGCACUGACACUCUCCCAGCCAGGCCAGGACACUGCCAGCCAGGCACUGACACUCUCCCAGCAAGGCCAAGACACUGCCAGCCAGGCACUGACACUCUCCCAGCCAGGCCAGGACACUGCCAGCCAGGCACUGACACUCUCCCAGCAAGGCCAGGACACUGCCAGCCAGUCACUGACACUCUCCCAGCCAGGCCAAGACACUGCCAGCCAGGCACUAACACACUCCCGUGAUCACCACACGUACACACCUCUCCUCUCUCUACUGCUGGUAUUAUCAUCAUCUGACAUUAUUACAGUCAAGUAAGAGUGAGGAUGGCACCCAAGGUACGCACUGUGAGCCUUCAUACUGGACAAGAGAUGCCAAUCAUUGGCAUUGGUACAUACAGGGCAAAUGAUGAAUUCCGAGUGGUAUUACGUGAGGCUUUUGAGUUUGGAUACCGACACAUUGACACUGCAACCAUGUACCAGAAUGAACAUAUUAUUGGUGACGAGUUGGAUAAGUUGUUUAGCAGUGGGAAACUAAAGAGAGAAGAUGUCUUCGUUACUACCAAGCUACCUAUGAUUGGAAAUCGAGAGGAGGAUGUACCAAGAUUUCUACAGAAAUCAUUAGAUAAGUUGCGGCUGACUUAUGUCGAUCUGUACCUAAUUCACUUUCCAUGUGGUAUGAAAGGUAAGCAGCAUGUUGAUGCUGGAAAAGCUAAAGCAAUUGGAAUUUCCAACUUCAACAGUCAGCAAAUUGAGAGAAUUGUUAAAGUGGCACGGAUUCAACCAGCUGUCUUACAAGUGGAAGUUCAUGCAUAUCACAUGCAGAAAAAACUGAGAGGUGUAUCUCAGAAGUUUGGAAUCCCUGUUUGUGCUUACUCACCUCUAGGUGCUCCCUACCUAAAACUGGAAAGCAGUGAACAUCCAUCUCUUCUGGAGGAGCCAGUAGUGAUGAAAAUUGCCAAGAGCCACAAUAAGAGUGCUGCACAAGUUCUUCUACGCCACUUGGUUCAACAUGGAAUUAUUGUUAUUCCAAAGCCAGAAGAAACAGAGCACAUUGUAAAAAAUAUUCAGAUUCUGGAGUUUGAACUGAGUGAAGAAGAGAUGAGAGUGAUGGACAGUCUUGACCGAGGUGCUGAUGGCAGGAUUUAUGACUUCCUUUUAUAUCCCGGGAUCGACAGACACCCAGAGUUUCCAUUCCACAUUCCAUUUUAGGGAUAAGGAAAUGUUUCGUGUUUACCAUUUUGAGAUGAGUUAUAGCAUUGUUGAUUAUGGUAAUAAUAUAAUAAGUCUGAU